AUGGGAGCAUCGACUAAAUAUUCUUCAAAAAGAACAAAUACUUCUGCUAGUGGGGCACACUCAUCGUCGUUUAACCCAGAGACACCUUCAAGUUAUGACUAUAAUUUAUCAUCACCAAUGGAGUGUCCAAUGAGACAACAAGUAGCAAAAAGGAAGGGUAAGGCAAGGGAAAAUGCAAAUACAUUUGAAUCGCCUUCUAAUGUUGAGCAAGAUACAUGGCAUAAAAGAGUAGCAACAAUAGAAAGACUAGCUCAAUGUAAGGAGGAAGAGAUGGAGUUUAACGCAAUGAAAUUCAUCAAAUCAGACACUUCUACGAUGAAUGAUUGUCAACUGAGUAUUCAUAAAAAAUAUUGUAAUAAGUGGAAAGCAAAAUAUGGACUUUAG